AUGUUCUCAGCAUUGCCAGCCACAAACAUUGACGCAGCAGAAGCUGUUCCCUCAACCAUUGGUCCUAAAGCAUUGGACUGUGUGGAGUUACCGUCCACUACUUCCCGUAGUGAGGACACUUCGAGCCUCUUAUACCAGCUUAUGGUACUCGAGAAAGCGCUGAACAACUUCUAUAACACUACCCAACAUGGCUCUGUCCACAAGACGAAUAUCCAGGGCGAAUCCCUCAUUUCAGACCAACAAUGGUUUUCAUUUUUCAUGAACAAACUGGCGCAGGCCUGUGACAGCGAGCGUGGCGGUAAAACGGUUUCUGCCAUUACAGUCCUCCAAGGGCUGGAUGGCCCCGUGUUUCUCUUGGCAUCUAAUCAGAGAGACGAUGAUGAGCUUGACAAAGCCAAGAGCUUUGUGGAGAAACUACUCAGAUUGGUUGGGGACAACCCUGAUCGUCUGAAAAAGAAACCACGGGUCAAGCAAGUGCUAAACCAGAUCUUGGAAUUCGGCAUCAAACGCGUCGAUCUCUAUCUGAAGUAUCUCGAAAUUCAUCUUGAUGAGUGCAUCGCAUGCUGCAGUAUGAAUGCAGACGCGGAGAUCAAGGAUGAGCUGGAGAAACUGAAAGUCGUGACUGUCUUCCCACGAGACAUAGUUUCCACCACCAAUGCCAGGCUCAAGUUUUUUUCAGAUUGCAGCACCCUAAUAAAUGCUAUUCUUGCCAUGAAGAAUACCACCUUCGAGAAAUACAUCACGAAGAGAGCUAUUGGCGACAACGUUUCUAACCCUGAGCCCUGGCGUGAACUUCGACAUUACUGCGGAAGGCUAUUUUCCUACCGGCAAGCAGCUGAGACUCUUCUCGCAGCCCAAGAGAGGUGGCCCCCGCUCUUCAAGAGUUUUACAGUGUUUCCGAUCUCUUCAGGCACACGCAUGCCUAAGCCCAUACGGACCAUACCGUCACACCCCAUCACUGCAGCCCAAAUCAUCAAGAACAUGGGACUCGAUACUGAGCAAAUGGAAUUUUACCUACUACAAAUACAGCCCUUAGAACGGAUGGGUCUUGACAAAGGUCUCCAGAGUAUUGUUGCUAACCCACGUUUCCGACCCAUUAUUCACGCAGAAGUGCUCAUUCAUGAUUGUCUUCAAAGACUUCCAGUCGACCCUGAGCACUUAUACUGGAACAAUUGGAAGUACAUCGGAAGCAGCAAGCCAACCUGCCGGCUUUGCUCCUAUUACUUUGAAGGCCGCGACGUGACAGUGAGAGAAUCUCACAAUAAUCUCUACCCUUCUUGGCGGCUACCUGACCUUCCAGAGCACGCGAAUGAAACGGCCGUGGACAUGCACCUCAGCUUACUGGCACGGCUUAAAGAUCACAUGCGUAACGAUAUCGAGCGCUUGAUACACGAGAAGAAGAGGGCGGGCAAGCGGCAUGACUCCUUGACCUAUUCUGGUGCCAUAGAGGAUGUUGACGACCUCACUUCAGUCACAUGCAGUGUUUCAGGAACGCCGUCGACUUUGAUCAGCGAACUUGAGAAUUGUCAGGUCGGCACGACGUGUGGGACUCCAUCACAGUCCAACAAUGACGACUGGGUCAUUGCAGGAGAAAAGUCCGAUAUCAGUGGCGAGGAUGAGAAUGAUAGCUCCGACGGUGCAUGA